AUCCUCGGUCUUUUUAGUUUUUAUGUGUCAACGGUGGCAGCUUUCUCUCCUCAGUCCUCCCAUAUAUCUCUGAGCUUUUUUCCCCCCAAGUAAUUGGGGAAACGUGGUGGUCUGGUUCUCUACUUACAAACUCCCAACUCCGUGGAUCAAAGCUCAUGAUCAGCCAUGGAUCUUUAUGAAAACUUGAAAGCUAUUCUUAAGAUUCAGAAAUUCAGAAGAGUCGUAUCCUACACUGGAUUCUAUUGCUUCGUUUCCGUUUUGACUUAUGCAUACACAAGCAACACGACAAGGGCAGGUGUCCCUAGAGUUGACCAGUUUUAUGCAUCUUAUCCCGCGGGGACAGAACUACUAACUGACACCGCUAAGUUAUAUAAAUCUGCUCUUGGCAAUUGUUUUGAACUGGAAGAGUGGGGUCCCAUAGAGUUUGCCAUCAUGGCUAAACACUUUGAUCGCCAAGGAAAACCACCUUAUGCAUACCACGCUCAAUAUAUGGCACACCUCCUCUCUCAGGGACAGCUCGAUGGAAGUGGUGAUUAGAGUUGUGAGUAUUAAAACUCCACAGCAAAAUGAUCGGUUUGUAAAUGAAUUUGGAACUUUUAUCAGUUUAUAAUAUCUUAGAGCUGAAUAUUUAGGGUUUUGAAACUUAGUCGACAAAUACUUAAACUUAAAGAGGUUUUAUCGACAUCUUUCUAUAAGAAAAAGAUUAAGCACAUAAUUUUGGGUUUUGGCCUUUUGAGCUUUGAAAUUUUCUACUUCGAAAGUGAUCAAGAAGCUUUUCUAAAUUGACACAUCAGUUUGUGUACAUCUUCACAAGGAAGAGAGUAGUCCUGUGUAUUUCAGUAGAAUUUACCAUGAUUCUUUAUCUACAAGGUGUUUUACAUGAUAUUAUGUGCACUAUUGUUUCACUGCUCGGUAUUUUAGUUCUGAAGUUGGGAUCUUUGGAAGUGUUACUAUAUCGUGUGUUACUAUAUUA